AUGGAGGCAGACGGUGUUCCGAAGGCUGAAGACGGAGCUGAGGAUCCAGGUCCCCAGGCUGGCCGGCCUGCUGCUGCUCAAUCUGACUCCCUCGCUGGAGUGCAGACCCCGGGCCCCACGGCUCUCUGGGAGACCGUAGAGAGGAAGUUUCUGGAAUAUCAGCAGUUGGCUCACAGGAGCUCAGCUGACCGUCAGGAGAGCCUGCUGCGCCUUCUCCCGCUGUUCCUAAAGGCCUGGGAGCGCUCCGCGGGGAUCAUCUGCUUCCCCAGUCUGCAUGGGCUGGCCGGGGAAGUGUCCAGCCAGCUCGCCCAGGAGAUCCAGAAGGCUCUGUUGGGAAAGCCCGCGGAGCUAGCGCGGUCGGCCGCGGGGCAGCUGCUGCGCUGGAAGCGGGACGCACACCAGGACGGCUACCUGCUCCUGAAGGCGGCCUUCGUGCUCUCGGGGACGGACUCGGAGGCGCUGGGCAGAGUUGCGGCGUCGGGGCUGCCAGCGCUGCUCCUGCAGUGUCUGAACCUCUUCUUCGUCUUUCCUCUGGAAGAGGACCAGCCUUCGGAGGACGAUGUUCAAGUUCAGAGGAUGUUUGUGCAGAUGUUGCUCAACAUCUGCAGCGAGUCUCAGGGGCUGGCAGGCCUCCUCGCAGGGACUGAGCUCCAGGCGCUGCUGAUCGCUACCACCUGCCUCCGCGAGCACAGCUGCUGCUUCUGGAAGGAGCCCACCUUCUGCGUGCUGCGGGCCAUCUCCCAGGCCCAGGAUCUCGGCGUCAUCCAGUACCUGCAGGCCACGGACUGCGUGAAGCUCUGCCUGCAGAACCUCUCCCGCCUGGCGGACUCGCUCCCCGCCCCCGAGCUGAGCCAGGCCGUGGGCCUCGUGCUGGGCUUCGUGAAGGACUCCUACCCCGUCUCCCAGGCUCUGCUGCUGGAGUUCGAGAACGGGGAGGGCUACCCUCUGCUGCUCAAAGUGCUCCUCCGGUACGACGGGCUGCAGCUGCGCGAAGCGGACCCCCACCUGGAGGCGCUGCUGGAGCUGGUGGUGUGGCUGACGACCUGUGGGCGGGCCGAGCUGAAGGUGUUUGACAGCGUCACCUACCCGCAGCUGGAGGGCUUCCAGUUCCACCAGGAGGCCUCCGGGGUGACCGUUAAGAACCUCCAGGCCUUCCAGGUCCUGCAGAACGUCUUCCUCAAAGCCAGCGACGCCCUCCUCUGCAUGCACGUGCUCUCGGCCAUCAGGACCAUGUGGGCCUGGAACGCCCGUAACUUCUUCCUGCUGGAGUGGACGCUGCAGCCCAUCUCGCAGUUCGUGGAGCUGGUGCCCCUGAAGCCGGCCCCGGUGCAGACGCAGUUCUUCCAGCUGCUGGAGGCCCUGGUGUUCGAGCUGCGCUACGUGCCCCACGAGAUCCUGGGGAAGGUGCAGCGCCUGGUCCAGGAUGGCUCCGAGCCGCUCUGCACCCUCCGGGCCCUGCGGAGCGUGCUCAGGAUCGCCGGCGCCGACCCGCUCUUCACAGACAUCUUCCGGGACUCGGGGCUGCUGGGCCUGCUGCUGGCCCAGCUGCGGAAGCGGGCCAAGGUCCUGAGGAAGUCAGGGAACAAGGAGCCCGCCCUCGGUGCUGGGGACCCGGAACGAGAGCUGACGGAUGUGAUGCUGAAGACGGUAGUGGCGCUGCUGAACGGCUCCGUCCGGAACGCGGUUGUCCUGAAGGACCACGGCAUGGUGCCCUUCGUCAAGAUCUUCCUGGACGACGAGUGGUACCGGGGCGCGGCCCUCAGCAUCCUGGAGCAGCUCUCCGCCAUCAACGCCGAGGAGUACAUGAGCAUCAUCGUGGGUGCCCUGUGCUCGUCCACGCAGGGGGAGCUGCCGCUGAAGCUGGACCUCCUGAAGUCUCUCCUCCGGAUCCUGGAGACGCCCAAAGGCCGUGCUGCUUUCAGAGUGUCCAGUGGGUUCAAUGGGCUGCUGUCCCUGCUCUCUGACCUGGAGGGUUCUCUCCAGGACCCGCCCCUGCAGAUGUGGGGGGCGGUGUCCCCCAGCCAGACCCUGGGCCUGGUCCUGCACACCCUCUGCGUGUUGUCUGCGGCGCUGCACCUGGACCCUGUCAACGGGGACUUCUUCCGGAGGAAUGGGCUCUUCGAGAAGCUGGCCGAGGACCUCUGCUUGCUGGGCUGUUUCGGGGACCCGGAGGAAGAAGGAGCCGCCCUGCACUCUGGGGACACCACCAAGGCCAGGCCAUUUGCUGAUUUGCUGAGUGUGGCCUUCUCCUCUGACAGCUCCUUCCCACCCAAGGUACAGAGCUGUCUCCAGAUCCUCAGCUUCCUGGAUAGCAUGGCCAGUGGCACCCUCCACCAGCGCUGGGACCUGAAGUCACCGCUGCCAGCUGGGCCGGAAGCAGCUGUGGACGCCCAGACAGGAGAUGCUGGCAGCGACCCCCUUGGCAACUUGGAGCAGUGGCCGGACCUGGAGGAGAGGACGGACGAAGGUGAUGCUGUGAUCACGCACCCUGGGGCCCUGUGCAUCAUGGUCCAGCUGCUGCCUCGGCUGUACCAUCACGACCACGCCCAGCUGUCCCGGGAGGUCCAGUGCUCCGUGGCCAGCCACAUCCAGGGCCUGGUGAAGUCGGAGAAGAACCGCCAGGUGGCGUGCGAGGCGGGGAUGCUCAGGACCCUCAUGGCCUCCUGCCGCCAGGCCCUGGCCGCGGGCAGCGGCGCCCUGCACUGCGGCCUCGUCAGGAUCUUUGAGAAGCUGGCCUCCCAAGCCAUCGAGCCCCACGUGUUAAGGCAGUUCCUGGCCCUGGGAGCGCCCUCACCUCCGGCGGCUGCGGAGCACGUCCCUGGGCCAUCAGGUGUGCACGGAGGGGCCUCUGGACGCCCAGGCCCGCAGGCGGUGGCGGGGAAGACGGCCCAGGACGCCAGCCGGAGCCCCGCAGACACGCAGGCCCUCAGGCGCCAGCCGCAGGCCCAGAGCCCCCCGCCGGCCCUCCAGACCGCUCUGAGCCUCAUCUCCAUGACCUCCCCCCGCAACCUGCAGCCGCAGCGAGCCGCCCUGGCCCCGUCCUUUGUGGAGUUUGACAUGUCCGCGGAAGGUUAUGGGUGUCUGUUUAUCCCCACCCUGUCCACGGUGAUGGGAGCCAGCACUGAGUAUUCGGUCUCCGGAGGGAUUGGGACAGGCGCUGCCAGACCCUUCCCUCCACCCUCCGGCCUCACCUUCUCCUGCUGGUUCCUGGUCGGCAGGCACGGCUCGGCCCUCGAGGGCCACCCGCUGCGCUUCCUGACCCUGGUGCGCCAUCUGGCCCGGACUGAGCAGCCCUUCGUCUGCUUCUCCGUCAGCCUCUGCCCGGACGACCUCUCCCUGGUCGUGUCCACGGAAGAGAAGGAGUUCCAGCCUCUGGACGCCAUGGAGCCCGAGGACAGCUCGGAGCCCUCUGCGGGACGCCAGCUUCGGGUCCGGUGUGGCCAGCUGCUGGCCUGUGGCCAGUGGCAUCACCUGGCUGUGGUCGUCACCAAGGAAAUGAAAAGGAACUGCACCGUGUCCACCUAUCUGGACGGACAGUCCAUUGGCUCAGCCAAGAUGCUGUACAUCCAGGCCCUGCCGGGACCUUUCCUCUCCAUGGACCCGUCGUCGUUUGUGGAUGUUUACGGGUACAUCGCGACCCCUCGGGUUUGGAAGCAGAGGUCGGCGUUAACUUGGCGUCUGGGUCCCACCUACCUCUUUGAAGAAGCCGUCUCUAUGGAAACUCUGGAAGUUAUUAACAAGCUCGGCCCGAGAUACUGCGGCAACUUCCAAGCUGUGCCGGCCCACGGCGCAGAUCCUGGUGCGGACCCGGUGGCCCUGGUGGCCGAGGAGAGGGUGUCCGUGGGCCUCCACGUGGCCAGCUCGUCCACCACCAGCAUCGCGGACAUCAGAAGCACGUACAACGAGGUGGACAGCCGCCUGAUUGCCAAGGAGAUGAACAUCUCAUCCCGGGACAACGCCAUGCCCGUGCUCCUGCUGAGGAACUGUGCGGGCCACCUCCCCGGCCCCCUCCGGACCAUCGGCGCCGUGGCCGUGGGCCACCUGGGGGUCAGGGUGUUCCACUCCAGCCCCGCUGCCAGCAGCCUGGACUUCAUUGGCGGGCCUGCCAUCCUCCUUGGCCUCAUCUCCUUAGCCACAGACGACCACGCCAUGUACGCAGCCGUGAAAGUCCUGCACCUGGUCCUCACCAGCAACGUCAUGUGUGACCGCAGGAUGCAGCACAUCUUUGGGUACCAGGUGAUGGCAUUUCUCCUGAGGAAAAAGAGCUCCCUGCUCACCCACCGCGUCUUCCAGCUGAUCCUGGCCAUGGCGGGCACUGCCGAGCUGGGCUUCGGGACCUCCGCCCGCACCAACCUCGGGGUCUUCCAGCACAUCCUCUGCAACUUCCAGCUCUGGCUGGGAGCCGCGGACAACGUGGAGCAGUCCCUCUUCUCCCACCUCCUGGAAAUCCUCCGCUCGCCCAGGGAAGGGCCGAGGAGUGCUCGUGUGGCCCACCAGGCACAGCUCAUACCCAGGCUCGUCUUCCUCUUCAGUGAGCCGGGCCUUGCCCCCUGCAGGAUCCCUGCCAUCAUCGCCAUCCUGGGCUGGCAGCUGAGGGGCCACUUCAGUGUCCAGGACUUGCUCAGGGUCGCGCUGUUCGUGGUGUACACCCUCCCGCCCGCCUCGGUGGACGAGCGGCAGAUCUGCGUGGAUGGGGCCCUGGAGCCCUCAGGGCCUGCUGGAAGCCAAACAUCUGGAAAGACAAUCUGGCUCAGAAACCAGCUGCUGGAGAUGCUGCUCGGUGUAGUAUCUUCCUCCCAGCUUCAUCUGUCCUCUGAGACAAAGGAGGAGGUGUUCCUGAGCCUGGGGCCCGGCUGGUUUCUGCUGCUCCUGCAGGGCCACCUGCACCCCAGCACCAAUGUGCUGGGCCUGAAGCUGCUGCUGCACUUCCUGUCCAGCCCUUCCCUGUGCAGGCGCUUUAAGGACGGCCUACCUGCGGGGUCCUGGGUGGAGCGCUGCGCAGAAGGCUCGGACAUCCUGAUGGAUAACCUGAAGAGCCAUCCGCCCGCACCCGACCAGAGCCCCUGCCUGCUUCCCGGAUUCCGGGUCUUGAACGACUUGCUGGCCCACCAUGUUCACAUUCCGGACAUCUACCUCAUCGUGUCCGCCUUCUUCCUCCAGACACCGCUCACAGAGCUGACAGCUGGGCCCAAAGACAGCCUGGACGCCCAGCUGCAGGGGCUCCUGCAGGCGCACCGUGCAGAGGAAGUCCUCCAGGCCGGGCUGUGCGUGGAGGGGGCUCUGCUGCUCCUGAGGAUGCUGAAGGCCACCAUGAGCCGGCCCUCGACAGGCCUUGACAGCGGUGCCGGGGAGCACCCGUUCCCGGCCAGCGUGCUGCGGUUCCUGGGCCUGGUGCACGGUGCCUACCCGCAGGACCCCGCCUGGCAGGCCCCAGAGUUCCUCCAGACCUUGGCCGUCGUCACCUUCCCGUUGGGAACCAACAAGGGGGUUACCGCUGAGUCCGCCCAGAAUACCAGCAGCCCUGGGGCCAAGGCGGAAGGUGACGGCAUUGUGGAGGGUCUACAGGCUCCCGCCAAGUCCCACCCCACACGAAAGCAGCUGAGGGUAUUCCUGCAGCUCCUCCUGAGGGAGCUCCUGCUUGCAGCUCCCAGCCCCAAGCAGUGGCUGCCGCUGGAAGUGCUGCUGGAGGCUUCUCCAGACAAUGCCACCAGCCAACAGAAGCGAGACUUCCAGUCUGAGGUCCUGCUCUCCACCAUGGAGAUAUUUCACACGAUGAGCGGAGGUGACAUGUCGGGGCUCAGAGGCGAUAAGGAGCCUCAGCCAAACACAGAAGCUGCUGCUGUUCCUUUCCUCACGAUCAUCACCCAUUUCACCCAGAAGCUGGUAGAGAAGCUGUACAGUGGAGUGUUCUCAGCAGACCCCAGACACAUCCUUCUCUUCAUCACGGAACACAUCAUGGUGGUCGCCGAGAACGCCUCCUCUCAAAGGGACAGCGCCAUCAGCGCUUUGUACAGCAGCCUGAAUAAAGUCAUCCUGCACUGCCUGUCCCAGCCCCAGCAGUCCCUCUCCGAGGGCCUGGGCCUCCUCCGUGUCCUGUACUUCCUCCAGGAGCACUGGGACAUCGUCUUCGCCACCUACAACUCCAGUGCCAACUUCCUGCUGUGCCUCAUGCACUGUCUGCUCCAGCUCAGCGAGGGGAGUUGUCCCGAAGGAUUUGGAUUGGAACCCAAGCCUAGGAUGACUCCUUACUAUCAAGUGUUUCUUUCUCCAAAUGAAGACAUGAGAGAGAAGAGAGUGGAUGACACCCCAAGUUUGACUGAUGUCCAGCACAGCAUCCAGAGCACCGUGCAGGCCCUCUGGCAGCAGCUGGUGGCGCAGCGGCGGCAGGAGCUGGAGGACACCUUCAAGAUCGACCUCUCCGUCAGCCCCGGGGGCAGAGAAGUGAAGAUGGAAGAGGUCACCCCGCUCUGGGAGGAGACAAUGCUCAAGGCCUGGCAGAACUACCUAGCAUCGGAGAAGAAAUCUCUGGCCAGUCGCUCGAAUGUCGGACAUCACAGCAAAGUCACUCUGUGGAGUGAGAGCUUGUCCUCGGCCAUGAGGCUGAUCCCCGGGCGGCAGGCCAAGGACCCCGAGUGCAAGACCGAGGACUUUGUGUCAUGUAUCGAGAACUACAGGAGAAAAGGACAAGAGUUGUUUGCAUCUUUACACAAAGAUCACGUGCAGAGGCGGAGGUGCGGCGAUCUCAAGGCAGCCAGAGCCUGGGCCCGGAUCCAGGAGCAGCUCUUUGGGGAGCUGGGCUUGUGGGGCUCCGGAGCAGAAGCCACACCCUGUUCCCGGUGGGAGCUGGACUGGAGAGAAGGGCCUGCUCGCAUGCGGAAGCGCCUCAGACGCUUGUCUCCCCGGGCCACCCGGCCUGCAGAAGGGCCCCAGGAAAGCCAAGACAGAAAUGGUGAUAUUUCUCACACAAAUGCUGAAAACAGAGGGGAGCUGAGCCCCAGGGAAGCUGAGGGCGAGAGCGACGAGGUGGCAGCUGACUGCACCCGGCUGACCUUCUUCCCGGCCCUCCACGAAAGCCAGCACUCCGAGGACUUCCUGGAGCUGUGUCGGGAAAGACAAGUUAUCCUACAGGAGCUUCUUGACCAUGAGAAGGUGACACAGAAGUACUCAGUGGUGGUCGUGCAGGGCCACCUGGUCUCCGAGGCUCUCCUGCUCUUCGGCCAGCAGCACUUCUACGUCUGCGAGAACUUCACCCUCUCCCCCGUGGGCGAUGUCUACUGCACCCGCCACUGCUUAUCCAGCAUCAGUGACCCAUUCAUUUUCAACCUGUGCAGCAAAGACAGGUCCUCUGACCAUUACUCCUGCCAGCGCCACAGCUACAGGGCCCUCCGGGAGCUCCGGCAGGCGCGCUUCCUCCUGCAGGACAUUGCCCUGGAGAUCUUUUUCCAAAAUGGAUGCUCCAAGUUUUUUGUCUUCCACAACAGUGAUCGGAGUAAGGUCUUCAAAAGCUUCUGCUCCUUCCAGCCCAGCCUGAAGGGGAAAGGCGCCCCAGAGGAGCCCCACCACCUCAGGAGGUACCCCGGCUCCGACAGGACCAUGCUGCAGAGGUGGCAGAAAAGGGAGAUCAGCAACUUCGAGUACCUCAUGCACCUCAACACGCUGGCCGGGAGGACCCACAAUGACUACAUGCAAUACCCCGUGUUCCCCUGGGUGCUGGCGGACUACACCUCACAGACGUUGAACUUGACAAACCCCAAGACGUUCCGGGACCUCUCAAAGCCCAUGGGAGCACAGACGAAGGACAGGAGGCUAAAGUUCAUCCAGAGGUUUAAAGAAGUGGAGAAGACGGAAGGAGACAUGACCGUCCAGUGCCACUACUGUACUCACUACUCCUCCGCCAUCAUCGUGGCCUCCUACCUGGUCCGGAUGCCGCCCUUUACCCAGGCCUUCUGCUCUCUGCAGGGCGGGAGCUUCGACGUGGCGGACAGAAUGUUCCACAGCCUGCAGGGCGCAUGGGAGUCGGCCUCCAGAGAGAACAUGAGUGACGUGCGGGAGCUGACCCCGGAGUUCUUCUUCCUGCCCGAGUUCCUCACCAACUGCAACGCCGUGGAGUUCGGCUGCAUGCAGGACGGGACGGCCCUGGGGGACGUGCAGCUCCCGCCCUGGGCUGACGGGGACCCUGGGAAAUUCAUCAGCCUGCACAGACAGGCUUUGGAGAGUGACUUUGUCAGCGCCAACCUCCACCACUGGAUCGACCUCAUUUUUGGGUUCAAGCAGCAGGGCCCAGCCGCGGUGGAAGCGGUGAACACCUUCCACCCCUACUUUUAUGGAGACAAGGUGGACCUCGGCAGCAUUGGGGACCCCCUGAUCAGGAACACCAUCUUGGGCUUUGUCACCAACUUCGGACAGGUGCCCAAACAGCUCUUCACCAAGCCCCACCCCGCCCGGGCGGCAGGGAAACCCUCACCUGGGAAGGAUGUCACCACGCCUUCCGGCCCACCGGGCCACCCACAGCCCUUGUGCUACAGCCUGCAGGCCCUGCGGCCGUCCCAGGUCACGGUCAAAGAUAUGUACCUCUUCUCUCUAGGCUCGGAGUCCCCCAAGGGUGCCAUUGGCCACAUUGUCCACACCGAGAAGAGCGUGCUGGCUGUGGAGAGGGGCAAGCUGCUGCUGCCGCCCGCCUGGAGCAGGACCUUCUGCUGGGGCGCCGACGACCUCAGCGGCUGCCUGGGCAGCUACGGCUCCGACAAGACCCUGAUGACCUUCGAGAACCUGGCCGACUGGGGGCGCUGUCUGUGUGCCCUGUGCCCGUCCCCAACGACCAUCGUCACCUCCGGGGACAGCACCGUGGUCUGCGUCUGGGAGCUCAGGAUGGCCAAAGGCCGCCCCAGCGGCCUGCACCUCAAGCAGGCCUUGUAUGGACAUACCCAGGCUGUCACCUGCCUGGCGGCAUCAGUCACCUUCAGCAUCCUGGUGAGCGGCGCCCAGGACUGCACCUGCAUCCUGUGGGACCUGGACUACCUCACCCACGUGGCCCGCCUGCCCGCCCAUCAGGAAGCCAUAUCCACCGUGGCCAUCAGUGACAUCUCGGGCACCAUUGUCUCCUGUGCUGGAGCCCAUCUGUCCCUGUGGAAUGUCAACGGACAGCCCCUGGCCAGCAUCACCACAGCCUGGGGCCCGGAAGGAGCCAUAACCUGCUGCUGCAUGGCGGAGGGGCCAGCAUGGGACGCAAGCCACGCCAUCAUCACCGGAAGUCGAGACGGCAUGGUCCGGAUUUGGAAGACGGAAGACAUGAAGGUGUCUGUUCCUGGUCAGGUGGCACUGGAGGAGCCCUCGGCUCUGCCCAGCAGCCCGAAAGGUCACAGGUGUGAGAAGAAUCUUGCCCUGUGCAGAGAGCUGGACAUCAGUGUUGCUUUGACAGGGAAGCCCAGCAAGACCAGCCCUGCAGUGACAGCUCUGGCGGUAUCCAGAAACCAGACCAAGCUCCUGGUGGGCGAUGAGAAGGGGAGGAUAUUCUGCUGGUCGGCCGAGGGGUAG